AAUAUAUUUGCUAAUAUGUAUAAAAGUGAAGCUCUGUCAUCAUCAGGAGUUAGUUCAGACCCAGAUUCCGAAUAUGCACCCAACGAAGAAGUAAUUAGUUCAGAGUUAGUACAACCCAAGAGUAGCAGUCAGCCUAAGGAGGAGACAAAGAACUUGAGUGACACUUCAGAAGAGAGAAUUAUUGGCGACUCCAGCUCAAGUAAUAGUGAACAUAAUCCGGAUGAAAAUGCUACUUAUAAUACACAAGAAGAGUAUUUAGCAAUCCCCCCUGUUGAUGAAGAGAUUGAAGCACAAAUAGAUAAAGACGGAGAUAUUGGAGAAUUAUUACCAAUUGCAGAUUCAGCAAUGCACAGCCCUGAUGAAGCAAAGCAGAUGCAUAAUGACAAAAGAAAAUUGUUAGAAUUGCUAUUUGAUAAAGGCAUGAAGCCUCGUGAAAUAGUUAAAAACAAUUACGUAGAACUAAAGAAAACCCAGGUUUAUCAUCUAUAUAGCUUGUAUAAGAAAACAGGUAAUAUAAAGAGAUUAAAAGGCUCAGGAAGAAAAUCUAAGCUUGAUAGCACUCACGUGCAAGCCUUGAAUAACAUAAUGGAAGAGCAUAAAGGCAAUAUAUCUAUUAGAAGGAUAAAAAUUAUAUUGAUGGAAGAAUAUGACAUAAAGCUGAGUUCAUCAUCUGUGAGGAGAAUUCUACUGUCUACAGGGUUUAUUUACACUCUUCCAAAUAAUAAAGUGUUGAAUGGAGAAGUUCAAAGAUCCAACAGAAUAGAUUGGGCUAAAAAGCAUCAAGAUGUUAAUUGGGAAUCUGUAAUAUUUUUAGAUGAAUCUACCUUCUACAUAAAUUCAGCUUGGAACAGAAAACGAUGGGUUCACAAGUCCCAACUCAAUUAUUAUUCAAACAAAGCAAAAGGGACAAAGUUAAAUGUUUUGGGUGCUAUCUGAGCAAAAGGAAGGUUGCCAGUGCAUGCCUUUGAAGAGAAAAUGAAUUCAGAAUUAUUUAUUGAGAUCAUUGGGAUGAUUCUGACUGAAGCUACUAAAUUGUUUGAAGGAGAAAAAAUCUAUUUAUGCAUGGAUAAUGCUAGUUAUCACAACUCUAAGGAAGUUAAAGACUAUUUAGACAAAGAAAAUGUAGUAAAGUUACCUUGGCCUGCGUAUUCUCCAGACCUAAAUCCUAUUGAAAAUGUUUGGGGAUUAAUGAAGACAAGCAUGGGAAACAAGGUUUAUACAACUUUGUAUUCAUUAAGGAAGGCUAUUUACGAUCAUUGGGAUAAUCUCAAUGACGAUUUGAGAAAAAGGAUCUGAAAUAGUAUGCCGACUAGAUUAAAUAAAUGAAUUGAAGAGGAAGGAAUAUUAUUAAAAUAUUAAGUUUGUCAAUAUA